AUGGGGAGCCAUGGGCCCCGGGGGCCCUACUUCCUGAUCUUCGUGCUGCUGCUGCUGCUUCCUCCACCGCUUUUUAGAGCAGGAAGCCUUCGGCACCAUGGACCUGACUGGAGAAUCUUUCACCGCCUGGCCCUGGGCUCCAAGAGGGCCCACCACCACCAUGGCCCAGGAUGGAGGCAGCACCGGCACCAGGGGCAAGCAGGUCACAGAUGCCAGGGCUCAUUUGACCUCUACUUCAUCUUGGAUAAGUCUGGCAGCGUGAACAAUAACUGGAUUGACCUUUAUAUGUGGGUGGAGGAAACAGUGGCGAGGUUCCAAAGCCCAAAUAUUCGGAUGUGCUUCAUCACCUACUCCACGGACGGCGAGACUGUCUUGCCACUCACCUCAGACAAGAAUAGAAUAAAAAACGGUCUUGACCAGCUUCAGAAAAUUGUGCCUGAAGGACACACAUUCAUGCAGGCAGGAUUUAGAAAGGCAAUUCAACAGAUCGAAAGUUUCAACUCCGGAAACAAGGUUCCCACCAUGAUUAUUGCUAUGACCGAUGGAGAACUGGUGGCACAUGCAUUUCAGGACACUCUCAGAGAAGCUCAAAAGGCUCGGAAACUGGGGGCCAACGUUUACACCCUGGGUGUGGCUGAUUAUAAGCUGGCCCAGAUAACAGCAAUUGCAGACAGCCCUGACCACGUGUUUGCAGUGGAGAAUGGCUUCAAGGCCCUGAGAAGCACCAUUGACGCCCUCACGUCAAAGGUCUGUCUUGACGUGACAUCGGUGGAGCCUUCCUCUGAGUGUAUAGGAGAACCUUACCAUGUGGUUAUUCAUGGAAAUGGCUUUCAGAAUCUAAAGAAACAGGAUGAAGUUAUUUGCAGAUUUAUCUUCAAUGAAAGCACUAUCAUUGAUGAAAAGCCAACCAGUAUCGACAAUAAUUCCAUGAAUUGCCCUGGGCCAAAACUAGAAAAACCUGGAGAGGAGUACUCUAUUGAAGUCAGCUUGAACAAAGGCAAAACAUUCUUCAAGAGCAAUGUCAGCAUCACCAGCACCACAUGUGGCAUUUUUCGCAACUGGCUCUAUUUUGUGCCACUCCUGCUGCUUGCGCCACUGCUGCUGUGUUGUGUCUGGCUGCUAUGCCGCAAGAAGACUGUCAAGGAGUCACCACCUGUGCAGAAGCCAGAAAAGGAGCCAGAGCAGGAAAAACCACCAUCUCCACCACCAUCACCACCACCAUCACCACCACCACCGCCUCCGCCUCCACCACCUCCGCCCCCGCCUCCGCCCCCAGCUCCUGUAAACACCUGCCCCACUGUGAUUGUUUGUUGCUGUGGAUGCCAAGGAGUGUGCGGGAUGAGAGGGAUAGAGGGCAAUCUGGAUACCUUUUGUGACCUCUCUCACCCAAGUUGCCGCCAGUUGCCAUGGAUGUGGUGUCAGCGCAGGGACCAGGGCAGGUACCUCAGCUUAGCCCUUGCACAGUCCCCAUAUGCACAGGGUCCCUGCUGCCCAAGGAUCUGCUUUCCACACAGCCAGGAGUGCCUUUCCCUACCACAGGCUCCCUGCAGCCCAAGGAUGUGCCUGAGACACAGCCGGGAGUGCCUCGCCCUCAAACAGGCUCCCUGCAGCCCAAGGAUCUGCCUGAGACACAGCCCGGAGUACUUUUCCCAAGUACAGACUCUUUGCAACCCAAAGAGCUGCCUUCAACCCAGCCGGGAGUGCCUCCCCCUCACCUGCUCCUCCAGGAGCCGCCUCCCCCCUGCUAGGUGCUUGAGACCUCCCUCCAGGAUGCUGCCGCUGCUGUCCCCGCUGCUCAGGCACACUGCAGAACCCCCUUUGUCACUCCCCCGCUCAGAGCCCAACUUCUAA